UUCCUGAUAGGUAACAUGCGAGUUUAUUGGAGGGACCAAAUGGAAUGUUUGCCAUUUGUGGGGAGUAUACGAGGUCGAGGGUUUAAGACAUGUUCUCGUGGGACAAAAUGGCAAUUUUAUCCUAUUGUUUCUGCAACCCUGGAGGAGACUAUGAAUGGGCCCGAUUUGGAUAGACCCGCCCUCGAAGUAUUGGGCGAACACGAUUGGGGCUUGCUUUAUUUGGUUAUUCAGAGGAAUAAUGGUUAUGACAACCAUAUAGACAAGAAGAGAGGAACUCCCAGCAAGAUGAGGACAGCAGAUCCAGACAGUUACUAUAGAAGAUAUCAGUCGAGGGAAAGGGAUUCUUCUAGAAGCCGCUACAAAGAGUAUGAUGCUCGAAGCAGCAGACACUUCAAUGGGCGCCACAGUGGAAGUAGAAUAGCAAUAGAAGUUCUCAAUGAGAAAAAUCGUGGAGAAAUGAAUACUAAAAACAGCCAUGAAAGCAACAAUAGGAGGACCCACGAUUCUGAUUCAGAGGGAGAUUGGCCUUCUAAGGACGGAGGUGAAGACAGACACCAAAGCAACAAGAGGAAAAACAUGAGAAACUGGAUUGAAGUGUUGGAGACCCAAGAUUUUCGUGUCGACAGAGAUAGAAGAGACCGGCACCAUAUUAGCACAAGGGACAGCUCAAAGCAUCAUAACAAAGUGCUGUCUCCGGAUAAAAGUAAGGAGAAGAGAGACCAUGAUAAUGAUUGCAGGGAAGAGGACAAAAAUAGGCAUCAUAGGCAGAUGAGGAAACGGUCAAGGCAUUCCAGUGAAGGGCUAGGGUCCAUUGAUGAGUAUGCCAAUUCCGUGAGGAAGUCGAAAGAUGAAAAUAACCGUAAGGAAUCUGACUUCGAAAAAGUUGAGCCACCAAAAGUGAAGAAACAGCAUAGGUCUAGUAGAGGGGAUCGUUCAAGCAUGGAGCCAAGUGAAACUAAUGCUUCUGCUGAAGGGUUGAAAUCUGAUGGGUAUAAUGAAACCAUCAGUUCCGGCCAUGGCGAGAGGACUAAAUCGCGUGAAAUAGCAAACAUGAAUGAGGUGGGUCAUAAAAAAUUGAGAGAGAGAUAUUCCUUGAGGCAUCAGACCUCUUGCAGAGAUUCUUCCAGUGAUGAAAGUAGUAACGAGACUCAGAGCAGCCGUCUGUAUAGUCUGAGAAGUAAAUCACAUGAUUCUGCAUAUUAUUCUAAUGAAGAUUUGGACAAACAAAGUCGCUGGGAAUCUGAUAAAACUGAUCUGGAAAAGCAUCGAGUCUGAAAGAAAAACUAGUAGUGGUGAUUUUGACUGAUACACAGGGAAUUCUAACUCGCAAGACCCAGAUUCUGACGAGUGUUACAGAGGUAGGAGAUCGAGAGGUAGUGGGUGGUCAAGUGGUCGGAAAAGCUCAGAUGUGUUGGAGGAGGUUGAUUCAGCUGAGUGCAAAGAAUAUAAAGAGAAACAGAAAAAACAUCGGAGAAAGCAUCGAACUCAUAGUCACAAACAGCAUCAUAAGAAAACCACUUAAAACAAUAGUUUUCCUGUUUUGAUUAGGUAGAUUUUGGUUGUUGGAAAGAUGAUGAGUGUUUUGGUGCAACAUUCCUAGGAAUGUGGGAUAGAGUAUUGUUCUGUGGAGUUGAUCAUGAAGCUAGUCAUGGUUACAACCGUUCAUUGCGAGUGGAGUUUUGUGAAUAUGUACUUGAUCACAUGCCAUCAUUUUCUUCGUGUUCUUAGCAUGUCUAAUUUGAGCCUGGCUUUUCUAGAA